UCCAAAUUGUUCUGAAGCUGGUUUUAGCUUCUCUGUUUAUUUCUUUUCAAGAAUAACCAACUCCUAAAGAUAUACCAUUCUUGCUUAUUAUAAGUGUCUCUGCAUUUAUCUGCUUCUUUUCAUUUUCUUUCUUUCUUGGUUAAGCUCUUUGAAAACUAUGCAAGAGCUUGGAUUCUCUGGUUUCUUGUUAGUUUCUGGGUAAUUGCGAUAAAAAAAAGUAAUUAUUGCUUUCAUACAAGAUAAAGAAACCAAAGACCAAGAAAUUUUGGAGAAUGGCUAUGGAAGAAGGAGAAACCCAACAAAUCCCAGAAAUGGAAUCACCAAUUGAAUUGAAAAAGGGAGAUUUAAUUAUUGAUGAACCAUCACCAAGAUGUGUAUUGGAGAUUCCAAUUUUAGGAGGAGAAUAUGAUCAAAGCAGAAGCAGUAGCAGCACAAGCAGCAGCGCAGGUUCUACAGAAAAAAUAAUUCAAGAAAGAAUAGCUAAUCGAGACGCAACAAAUUUGUCACAAUGGAAAACUAUGCUUGAUUCUUUUAAGAAGAAAUCCAUGAAGAGGUUUUCUGUCAUUCCAUUACUUACUAACUAUGAUCUUAUUGCUAGAAAGAGUUUGAAAAGGAAAUUAACUAGAAUUCAAAAUUCCCCUGAUAUGAUGAUUGAAUGGGGAGGCAUGUCCAUUCCUAAACCAUCCUGGAGAAACUUUGACUAUGCAGAACUUGAAGCUGCUACUGAUAAUUUCAGUUUUGAGAACUUGAUUGGUGAAGGGGGGCAUGCACAAGUGUACAAAGGGAUAUUACCUGAUGGUCAAGUUGUAGCUGUUAAGAAAAUAAUCAAGGUUGAAGGGGAAGAAGUGAGUAGCAUCGGCGAUUUUCUAUCUGAGCUUGGGAUUAUUGCACACAUAAACCAUGCAAAUGCUGCCAAAUUGCUUGGUUUUAGUGUUGAUUGUGGUUUGCAUCUCAUCCUCGAAUUUUUACCACAUGGUAGCCUUGCUUCCAUGCUCCAUGUCUUAGGUGAAGGAAACUGUCUUGACUGGAAAAAGAGAUUUAAGGUAGCUGUAGGAAUAGCAGAAGGAUUGCGGUAUCUCCAUCAUGAUUGUCAAAGGCGUAUUAUCCACAGAGAUAUCAAAGCCUCAAACAUAUUGCUUGGAGAAGAUUAUGAAGCUCAGAUUUCUGAUUUUGGAUUGGCUAAGUGGCUUCCAGAAAAUUGGGUUCACCACAUCGUCUUUCCCAUCGAGGGAACUUUCGGAUAUUUAGCUCCAGAAUAUUUUAUGCAUGGGAUUGUCGACGAAAAGACAGAUGUAUUUGCAUAUGGAGUUCUAUUACUUGAGAUAAUAACAGGUCGUCAUGCAGUUGAUGCGAAUAGACAAAGCCUCGCUAUGUGGGCAAAACCUUUGUUACGAGAAAACAAUGUUAAAGAAAUAGUUGAUCCUCGAUUGGGAGACGAUUAUGAUCCUACAGAAAUGCAACGCGCAAUGUUGACAGCUUCAAUGUGCAUUCAGCACCUACCAACUGAUCGUCCACAUAUGAAACGGGUUGUGCAGCUAUUGACGGGCGAAGAAGCACCUGCAGAACCAAAGCAAAAGACUAACAUAGGGAUACCAGUGAUCCUGGAUGGGUGUGAUUUGCAAGAUUAUACUUGUACAAGCUACCUCGAUGACCUUAAUCGUCAUAUGGAACUUGUUAUGGAUGUUUAAUACACUUAAAGAGGAGCUAUUCUUGCUGUUACUGUUACUGCUGCUGCUGUUGUUUUGAUCUUCCAACUUGUCUAUAUACAAAGGUCUAAAAAGUUGCCAUUUCUUUGUACUGAGAAGGGGAAAUCAACAUUUUUCUCCUCCUCCUGUCUUUUUUUUACAGGAUUUUAUCCCCAAAGAGAUGUUUGAUGUAAAAUCCAUAGAGAAAAAGUCAUCAAGUGGCAAUUACAAUAUACAUGUAUAGGGAAAAAAAAACAAAAGUCUCAAGAAAAACAACAAAAUAGAAUAUACCAAUGAUUAGUGUGUGGGUGUAAUUUUGAUCACCUAAAAGAUUCACUUCACUUCCAUUCCAUUUCAGCUAUACAUUUCUUGUUUGAAAA